GUUGGUUUAGUAAAGUGUCAAACCAACCUCAAAAUACUUUUUGGAAAUUCUCGAUUUGGAACUUUCCAAAACUGACCCCAAUUGACUUCAUUUUGUUCGGUCAGCUCAGUUUUUUGGUCUAUCAUGCUCACCCCUAAUGCUUUGUGCUUAUUUUUUUUUUUAUGAAAUGGUGCUUUGUUCUGAUGAACACAAAUUCUUGUGUGCAAGGUUUUUUGGCUAUUUGCCAGUCCUUGGUUGCAAGCCCCUUCUGUGUAGUGCCGCUAGCUCUCUAAACUUCUAGCAUUAAUAAGAGACAUGUUUGUAUGGGUUCACCUUUUUAUCCACAUUGGCAGUAUUGAUAAAGAGUUGCGAAUCUCAACAAGGUCAAGUUAGGACCUUGAAGAAGUAGAUUUUUUAUUUCUAUAUGAUUCCCUAAUACCUUCAAGAGGUUCAAAAGGCUUAUGCUAUUAUUCUUCAAAGAGAGUGAUAAUUGCUAACGUGACCUUCAUUUGUGUGCGGCAACCGCAAAGUGCUACAUCAGAUGUCUGAAAGUGCUAUGGCGGUAGUCAAACCAGAGAUGAAGUCUUACAUCUGGCUUCAAACUGCUGAUGGCUCAAUACAACAAGUUGAAGAAGAGGUUGCUAUGUUUUGCCCAAUGAUUUGUCGGGAAAUACUACAAACAGGGAUGGGAUCCUCCAAAAAUUAUGCAAUAUCUCUUCCACAGCGAGUGAAUCCAGCUAUAUUAGGUUUAAUUCUUGACUAUUGCAGGUUUCAUCAAGUACCAGGUCGCUCCAAUAAGGAGCGUAAAACAUUUGAUGAGAAAUUCAUUCGCAUGGAUACGAAAAAGCUGUGUGAGUUGACGUCUGCUGCUGACAGUCUCCAAUUGAAACCUUUGGUUGAUCUAACUAGUCGAGCACUUGCACGAAUUAUUGAAGGAAAGACUCCAGAGGAGAUAAGGGAGACAUUUCAUCUACCUGAUGAUCUCACAGAGGAGGAAAAGCUGGAGCCCUUACGAAACAUAACAGAUGAUCCACGCAUUCGGCUCUUAAAUAGAUUAUAUGCACGGAAGAGGAAAGAAUUAAGAGAAAGAGAGAAACUGAAGAAUGUUGAGAUCGAGGAGCGUGUGGAUGAUAGAUCAGUGGAUGACCUUUUGUCUUUUAUAAAUGGAGGAGAUGGAGAUUCAAAGGCAGUUAAAACAAACAAAAACAAAAAGAAAAAUCGGAGGAGAAAAGAUCAACAGAAGGAUUCUUCUUCAACCACCAAUGAAAAUGGGAACCAUGAUAAAAUAGAGGAGUUGGAUGCUCUUCCUUCUUGUUGCCAGAAUAACGAGUUUAACCAGAUUUUGGGGGCAUCUCCGAGUAGAACUGUGAAAUCACAGGAUUCAGCAGCUGCCAUGUAUUCAUCAAAGAUUGAGUUCGAUGAUGCUGAUAUUUAUGAUGAUCUAGAUCCUGCUAUGAAAGAGGAACUUGAUAGGGAAGUAGAAGACUUUGCUAGAAGAUUGAAUUCAGAUUGGCCGGAAAGAGUGCAAGAAAUUUUAUCGCUAGGCCAAGAAAGAAACUUGGUGACAGUAUUAACUGGCAACGGUUCAUCGCCCAGAUUCACAAAACAGGUGCUGAUAGGAGGUAGUAGUCUUCCUGUCGGUGUUCAGAGGUAGUGCCAGUUAGAGAAGAUCUCUGCUUUCCAGUACAUGAAUACGGUAGCUCAGUCGAUUUGAAUGAAGCCAGAUUCUGGGAGAAAGCUACUGUUGGAAACUUGGAAGGAAGCAAGAGUUUGCAGGAUUUCAGUGUAAAUGGUCAAUGGGAAGAUCUAUAAGCAUUGUUACGUGAGGAGGAUGCAAAUUUUUGUUUUGUGAGAUUUUGUAUGGCAGAGAAAUGAAAGAGAGUCAUAAAAGGAAUGGGAGCGAGCGAGGAGAGGAAAAACUGGCGCUGUAUCGCUGAGAGCAUAAUUGGUUCAUCCCUUUUUCUUGAGCCUUUUUUUCUUUUUCUUUUUUUGGUUUUUUCCAUUUUGUUUGUUUGUAACUUGAGCCAGCAUUAUUUUGGCUAAAAUGUAUUAUGGUUGAAAUUAAUGUCCGUUGCAUAAAAAUGGUAAUCUUAAUUCUUUCCAUUUGUUUGUAACCCCCAAUUUUGUUAUUCAAUAGUGAAGCGGUUUUGGUGAUAAUUCAAGAGAAGAUGGUCA